UCGGUUUGGUAGCUAGCCUUUCUCUCGGCGGUGGGUCGGAGCCGCUGUCCCUGGCCUCGCAUGUUCCCCUUUAGAUUCCUGUUUUGAAUUUGAUGCCCCUCUUGUAGUUUUGCUUUAUUUACACGCGCCUCUGAAGGACCACAGUCGGGCGUCCGUACUCCGGUGCUUUAGUUGUCCCCCGGUAUUUUUGGCGUUUAGAGACUUUAACCCGAACAUGGCUGUGGUGAGCGGAUCGUCUGGGCCGGUUGCCCGGCUCGAGGGCCGUGAAUUCGAAUACAUGAUGAAAAAGCGCUCUGUGACCAUCGGCCGGAACUCGUCGCAGGGCUCCGUGGACGUGAGCAUGGGCCACUCCAGCUUCAUCUCGCGGAGGCAUCUGGAGAUAUUCACCGACGACGGCACCGGAGAUUUUUACCUGAAAUGUCUGGGUAAAAACGGGGUGUUUGUAGACGGAGUGUUCCUCAGACGGGGCGCCCCUCCUCUGCAGCUACCACGAAUGUGCACGUUCAGGUUCCCCAGCACAAACAUCAAGAUCGCAUUUACGGCCCUGUCCAGCGGGAAGAAAGUGAAGCGAGAGGCGCCCGAGUCCCCCGUGAAGCCAGUGCAGCCCCAGAUCUCCCCGCUGACCAUCAACAUUCCAGAAAACAUUGCUCACCUAAUGAGCCCUCUGCCAUCGCCUACUGGCACCAUUAGUGCUGCUAAUUCCUGCCCCUCCAGCCCUCGGGGUGCGGGCUCCUCAGGCUACAGGAUGGGUGGUCGCAUGGUCAGCUCUGCAGAGCUGCAGCUCAUAAACGACAACUCCCAGCCUGAGAACGACAAAGAAGCCUCCGGAGGGGACAGUCCCAAGGACGACUCCAAACCUCCGUACUCCUAUGCACAGCUGAUAGUCCAGGCCAUAACGCUGGCUCCGGACAAGCAGCUCACACUAAAUGGAAUUUACAAUCACAUCACAAAGAACUAUCCCUACUACAGGACAGCAGAUAAGGGCUGGCAGAACUCGAUCCGUCACAAUCUGUCUCUGAACCGUUAUUUUAUCAAAGUGGCACGGUCGCAGGAGGAGCCCGGCAAAGGUUCAUUCUGGAGGAUAGACCCAUCCUCAGAGGCCAAGCUCAUCGAGCAGGCCUUCAGGAAACGAAGGCCCCGGGGCGUCCCCUGCUUCAGGACCCCACAUGGACCCCUCUCUUCCAGGAGUGCCCCAGCAUCUCCCAAUCACUCAGGGGUGCUCUCUGCGCACUCCAGCGGUGUCCAGACCCCUGACAGCCUUUCCCGAGAGGGCUCCCCAGUUCCCCUGGAGCUGGAGACUUCCUCUGCUCCCACACCAGUGUCCACCACAGCAGUCCAGCCCAAACUGGCAGUGAUCAAGGAAGCACGCUUUGCACAAAACACACCAGGCUCGCCUGUUAACAACCAGCCGGUACUCAUAGCAGUCCAGCGUCAGUUACCUCAAACCAUCAAGCCAGUGACUUACACCAUGGCCUCCCCAGUGAGCACCAGCACCUCCCAGCCCGCUGUCCAGACUGUCCACGUCCUGCAGCAGAUCCCCGCAGGGUCGCUCAGCCCUGCCGCUGUCAUCGCCCAGCCAGCCACCAUCAUCAAGAGCGAGACGCAGGAGAAUGGAGAGCACAUGGAGGUCAAAGUCAAAGUAGAGACGGUUCCUACCAUCACCUCUAUAGGUCCCUCCAGUCGGAUCAUCCAGAGCUCCCAAGCAGCCACCCCCCUGCAGACUGUUACCAUAGUGCAGCAGGCCCCCAUGGGUCAACACCAGCUGCCUGUUAAGGCCAUCACACAGAAUGGCACCCACAGCAUCACCACUGCCAUCCAGGGACCCUCCAGCUCAGCUUCAGCUGUGGCGAGCCCCCUCCACUUGCUGGCGGCCCACGCCUCCGCCUCGGCCUCCCUCCCCACCAAGCGGCUGAACGGGGACCAGCCGGCCGAGCAGCCGGAAGCCAAGCGCAGCAAGUCGGAAGAAGAGCCUGCCCCGGCCUCAGCCCCGGCCGGCGCACUAGAUUCAGACUCGUCGGCAGCUAACGACCAAGGCAGCCAACCCAACUAGUUCGUUUCCACACGCAGCGCGCCACCCCCACCACCACUCGCUCCCCCUCCUAAUCCACAGUUUCUCUCUCUCUCUCGUCCUCGUUGUUAGUUUUGUUUCUCCUCCUCCUACCACAGCCGCCCGAGGUGCCAAACGGAGAAGAUUCUGUUCCUUUUCAUUUUGGGUAAUCUUGUUUUACACCAUCAAAGAUUAACUAAAAAAAAAGUGUCCGCCCCUUUAAAGACUGGAAUGUGGGUUGAGAAGAAAAUAUAGGAACGGGACAAAGGUGAACUUGUAGGUGUCCCACCCCCCCUGAGCCCCUGAAACUGGAGAGUGACUGAAGCGAGACCACAGGAAGCCUUAACAACAAUUAACACUUAAGAGCUGACCUUUGACCUCAAGUGAUCCCACUAGGAGAGGCCCUGACUCUGCUCAGGCUGGAUGCUGCCUUUCUGCCGCAUCUACCUCAGAGCGGAUCGGAGACUCCGGCAGCCGACAGAGAACAUCUCUCCCCACUGACCCGUCGGGAAGCGUGACGUGACCAACCAAGCGGCGAGCACGAUGAGCAUUCAGUGGUUAGAUUAAAAAAAAAAAAAA